AUGUCCUCCUUCCAGGAUAUCGGCCCGCUCGCAGAGCGCCGCCGUGCCGAGAAGCAGCAGAAGCGGCACAAGCGUCUCUUGAUCGCCGGGGCCUCUGUCUCCGUCAUGCUCGUCCUUGCCGUCGUUGGCGUCGCCACCUCCAUCUACCACUCAAAUAAGUCUGAUACCCUCACGAGCCCUGCUCAGAGCCUUCCCUCGUCCAAGGAGCUCCAUUCUUCCUCUAAAUACAUCAAAGCCAUCUGCUCGAGCACCGACUUCCAGAAUGCCUGCGAGAGCAGCCUGUCAAAAGCUGUUUCCGGAAACAAAACUACCAGCCCAAAGGCGAUCAUCCGCGCUGCCAUCUCUGUCAUCGCCUCCGCUGCUGAGUUCGGCUUCAACCAUUCGGAGAACUUCAAAAACUCCAACAAACCGAGGGUUAAAUCCGGCAUCAAUCUCUGCAGGAACCUCUUCGAUGAAGCCUACGACGAGCUGAAAUUGGCUCUGUCCCACAUCGAUAUGCACAAACUGGAGGAUCUCCCAGCUCAGAAGGGCUACAUCAAGAACUGGCUCAGCGCCGCAUUGCAUUACCAGGGGAUGUGCAUCGAUGCCUUUUCGGAUGGAGAGGAGAAGACCAAGAUGAAGGAGGCGAUGAAGCUGGGGACUCAGCUGACGAGCAACGCGCUUGCCAUUGUCGGUGCAACAGCAAAAUUUCUAUCGUUGUUGGACAUUGACAGCAUCGCGGGGCGGAAUCUGGUUGAAGUGGGGAAAAGGGGGAAAGCUGACACAUCAUUCCGAAGCGACGGGCUUCCGACAUGGAUCUCGAAGGAAACUCGGCGGCAUCUCAAGGAACAUGCCAAGGCAAAGCUCAAACCAAAUGUCACUGUGGCUAAAGACGGGAGUGGUGAUUUCAAAACCAUUAACGAUGCUCUGAAUGCGAUGCCCACGAAAUACACUGGCAGGUAUGUGAUUUAUGUGAAGACUGGCAUCUAUGAGGAGCAUGUUGUGAUGGGGAAGGAGAAAAAGAGCGUCACUAUCUACGGCGACGGAUCUCAGAAGUCCGUCGUUACAGGAAGCUUGAACUGGGUCGACGGUGUGCAAACGUCCCAAACUGCAACUUUUACCGCCACCGGCUUCGGCCUGAUGCUCAUCGGAAUGGGCUUCCGAAACACUGCCGGUCCCCAGAAGCACCAAGCCGUCGCCCUCCGCAUCCAGUCCGACAACGCCGUCAUCCUCAACUGCCGCAUGGAAGGCUAUCAAGACACCCUCUACGCCCAGGCUCACUACCAAUUCUACCGCAGCUGCGUCAUCACAGGCACCGUGGACUUCAUCUUCGGCGACGCCACCGCCGUCUUCCAAAACUGCCUUGUCAUCGUCCGCCGCCCCCUCAACAACCAGCAGAACAUCGUCACAGCACAUGGCCGAGCCGUCCGCUUCGAGGACACCGUAUACGUCUUCCAGAAUUGCCGCAUCACCGCCGAGCCGGCCCUCGCCGCCGACAAGGCCAUCAUUCGCAGCUACCUCGCCCGACCAUGGAAAGAGUAUUCCCGCACAAUCUUUAUGGAAUCCGAGCUGGGAGAUUUCAUCAAUCCUGAUGGCUACAUGCCUUGGGAGGGGGACUUCGCGCUGAACACGCUCUUCUACGCCGAAUACAACAACAGCGGCGCCGGGGCAGACACGUCGCGCCGCGUGAAGUGGCCAGGGGUGAAGGUGCUCAACAAGGAAGACGCUUUGACAUGGACAAUUCCCCAUGUCUACAGCAUUCCGGAUUUCAUCCCUGAAAUUAGCGGGAAUCUCGCCCAGGUUCGCAAGGGGCUUUCGGGUUGAUAAAGGAUCAUGGAAACCUAAUUUCGGGU